AAACCAAACACUCCAUUCGAACACUCAAUCCAUCCUCCCCUCAUUCUCCUACUCCUAGAUCAUUGGUUUACUUUUACCUUUUUUUCUACUUGCGCGUUGGGGGUGGCCACGCUCUCACUUCACUUUCAUAGCCAGCCGUCUGUUCUUCCCCCCUCCCCAGCUUCAGCCCAUCUUCCCACCGCAACACUCCGCCAACCACCGCCGCCGACCGCCGUGAAAGCAAAAAUCGAUGACGACUAGAAUAGCGCCCGGUGUUGGUGCCAAUUUGCUAGGUCAACACGCCGCCGAGCGGAACCAAGAUGCUACGGCUUACGUCGGCAACCUCGACCCUCAGAUUACGGAGGAGUUGUUGUGGGAGCUUUUUGUUCAGGCAGGUCCAGUAGUUAAUGUCUAUGUUCCAAAGGAUAGAGUCACCAACCAACAUCAAGGUUAUGGGUUUGUCGAGUUCCGCAGCGAAGAAGAUGCUGAUUAUGCCAUCAAAGUGCUUAACAUGAUUAAGCUUUAUGGAAAACCAAUACGCGUAAAUAAGGCAUCCCAGGAUAAGAAGAGCUUGGAUGUUGGAGCAAACCUUUUCAUUGGCAAUCUGGAUCCUGAUGUAGAUGAGAAGCUAUUGUAUGACACUUUCAGUGCGUUUGGAGUUAUUGUUACUAAUCCAAAGAUCAUGAGAGAUCCUGACACAGGAAACUCCCGAGGUUUUGGCUUCAUUAGCUACGAUUCAUUUGAGGCAUCUGAUUCAGCUAUUGAGGCAAUGAAUGGACAAUAUCUUUGCAAUCGCCAAAUUACAGUGUCAUAUGCUUAUAAAAAGGACACCAAAGGUGAAAGGCAUGGUACUCCUGCAGAAAGAGUUUUGGCUGCAAGUAAUCCAACUGCACAAAAGAGCAGGCCUCAUACUUUAUUUGCUAGUGGGCCUCCAACACUCGCAGGUGCUCCUCAGGCUAAUGGCACCAUUGCUGCACCAGUGCCUCCGCGCCCCUUUGCGAAUGGGGUUGCUCCACCCGCCCUACGUCAACCACCUCCGCCUCAAGCUGCACCCUUCCAGCCUAUGCCGGGACAACCAACAUGGCAUCAACAGCAGCCAGGUCAAUUACCACCACCCACAAUGCCUCCACCUCAGUACCAGCAGUUCAGGCCACCUCCCUCUGGUAUGCAGAUGCCUCCACCUCCACAAGGUGUUCCAGGUCCUCCAAGGCAUCUUCCACCGCCAGCAGUAAUGGGAGGCCAGCCACCACAGGUUUGGCGGCCACCACCACCACCACAAUAUCAGCAACAGGUUGGACGCCCGAUGGCAUAUCCUCAGUCUUCAAUGCCACCUCCACCACCACUUCCCAAUAACCAUGGGAUGCCACCGCCUUCAAGUUGAAGGAAUGCACUUAUGGAAUGUACUUGAUUCUCAUCUAAGGAAUUUUGCUAGUUUAUUGUUAAUUAUAGUGCGUAAUAUUUCAGAACUGCUGUGGUGUUGAUUGUAGUAUUAACGUCCUUGACAGUUAAGAUCAGAGAUUUAUUAACUGCCCAAGAAAGAGACGCUUGAGUUUUGGGUUUA